AUGGCGGCCGCUAUUCCUGCGCGCGCACGGGGAGCUGUGCUGGGCUCCUUGGUAGCAGACGCUGCUGCUGUGCCUGUGCACUGGUGCUAUGACCCGGCAAAGCUGGCAGAUCACCUCAAGCAGGCAAAGAGUGGCCCGGCCUUUUGUGAUCCGCCGGGAAAUGUCUUCUACACCACAGCGCGAGGAGGCUUUAGCUGCUAUGGUGAACAGAGCAUGGCACUCUUGGAAUCCUUGGUUGAAUGCCACGGCAAGUUGGAUGCAGAGGACUUUGCAAAGCGACUGGAGGCCAGGUUUGGAAAGGCCAGUCCGUAUGAGGUGGAGGCUGUUGAUCAGGAGAACUGGCCGGAGCUGAAGACGAAUCCCACGGAUGCCGAGGGGAACGUCAUCGAAGCGGAGAGGAAGUGGUCCAUGCCGUUGCCGGGCCCCUGGCGUCAUGGCUCCAUCAAGGGCUUUCUUAAGAACUUUGUGAAUGAGAAGAAGCUCUAUCCAGAGUGCGGCUCCACUGAUGAACAGGUGGACGGAGUUUGCAAAGUCGCUCCAGUGGUAGCUUUAUUUGCCGGAGACCCCAACAUGCUGCCCACAGUUGAUACGGCCGUCCGAGUCGUGCAGAACACUGACAAGGCUGCCGCGUUUGCCUGUGGCUUUGCACGUGUCUUGGAGAAACUGGUGCUCGGCACAGCUUCUGUCCAAGAAGCGAUUGCUUUGGCAACGAAGGAGUUGAUGGAUCCCGAGCGUGCUUUCAAAACGACCUUGGACGAUCAAGUGGCCAAGACGUUGGAGCGUGUCGUCGGUGAACUGGCAGGGCUGUCGCAUUCGGAUGCAGGCAUGAAGCUGAAACCUGAAGCUGAACCAACUUAUGUUGAAGCUGUUGAGGCCAGCAUUGCCUGCGGUGGUUGCACUGCAAGCCGUGCCUCCAUUGCAGGUGCCUGCUUCGGCUCCAUCUCUUCAGCCGAGGGAAUUCCCGUGGAGUGGGUGGCCACCACGACACAGGGUGCUCGGGUUCAGGAGCUGGCGGAGAAGCUGGUCGGGGAAGAGGAAGAGGAAGAGAUGAUGGAGGAUGAUGCAGAGGCAGAAGCUGAGGCUUUGGCACAAAUGGCAAAGGCUAUGGCUGCCAAUCCAGGAGCUGUAUUGGGCCCUGAUGGGGAGGAAGAUGAGGCAGAGGAUGUUGCAACCGAAGCCCGUCCACUGACACCCUUGAAAUCCAAGGCAGAAGAUCGCGAUAUUUUUGCCGACGGUGAGACGGAAGAGCAAGACGAGGAAGCUGCUGGUCUCAAGCGCUGGGAUAAAACCAACGCAACAGGCGCGCUAAUCUCGCCGCUCUUCGAAGGGCUUGGCCCCACCAAAGAAGAGCUGGCAGCUGGCCAAGAUGGCCAAGGUAGCUCAGUGAUUGGCGGCCUGCUCAAGGAUGUCGGCGACAAGGCAGAUGCUGAAGAGCGCGCAGAAGCCAAAGAAGCCGUAGAUGCCGAUAUGGAUAUGUUCGGCUAA